AGAAGUAUGUGUUUUAGAGAGAGUGUGAAAGUCAGCUGCGAUGGUGAUAUGUGGAUGAUGUAGGCUGAAGGAAUCACACACGUUAGCGACUAUACAUAUGUGUAUGUAGGUCUUAGCCCAUGAACAUGGAUAUGUGCUUACUAAUUCUUUGUGGUCUGCCUGCCUGUGGUAAAACAACUUUGGCUAAAAGACUGAAAGCAUCACCAGAGUUCAACAGCAUCUAUCAUGUUGUUCAUCUUUCAUAUGAUGACUUAAUGCCAGACAAUAUUACUGCUAUCCUGACAGAAAAGCCUAACUUAGUGCAACAGGGAGCUGCAAAUUGGAAGAAAUAUCGGGAAGAUAUAGUAUGUUGUGUUGAGAAUAUUCUCAAAAUUUUCCCAAAUGUUAAAGCAGAAAUACCUGUUAAUGUGUGCCCUGAUCUAUGGACUAAAAUAAACAAUAGCUUUAUGCAGGACAUGAAAAAAGAAGAAUUUCACUUGUUGGUUAUCAUAGAUGAUAACAUGUAUUAUCAAGGAAUGCGAUAUCCUUUCUAUCAGUUAGCCAGAAAGUACAGUAUUGGGUUUUGUCAAGUUUAUCUUGAAUGCAACAUAGAACUGGCAUUGAAAAGGAACAAUCAUCGGCCAAACCCCAUACCUGAGGAAGUGAUUCACACAAUGGCAUCAAAGUUAGAACCACCAUCACCAUCUGAAAGAAACUGGGAAGUUCAUUCUUUGUACAUCAAGGACCAGACUAUUUGUUGUUUAGAUGAUGUGUUGGCUUUGGUUGACAAUGCCAGGCAAAACAAAGCAGCACCACUUUCAGAUAACCUGGAACUUCGGCAGAUAAGUCGUGUUAAAUGUUCCAUUAGCACUUUACAUCAAGCAGACCAAAUUCUGCGAAAGCUGGUUUCAGGGAAGAUGUCUGAUUUACAUGCCGGGUUAUCUUGCAAGAAUAAGAAAGAGAUGUCAUGUGUUUAUCUACAAAUUCGUACCAGGCUUUAUUCAGAGCUAAAAUUAGGUUCACUGCUUAUUCCUGAAUCUAUUGAAAAUGUUACAGAUGCCUCAAAAAAUACAGAAAGUAAUUUAUAUCAGUGGCUGAAAGACAUAUUUGAAUCUAAUUGUAAUGAUUCAACAGUAAAUACAACUGAAAUCACUUGAGGGCAAAAAGUCGUAAAUUCAUUUUGUCUUCAUGUAGACAAACCAAUCGACUCUCUUUACCAGAGGACCGCUCACUUUAGUGUGCAUUAGCUGAGAAUUUAAUAUCUUGGAAUUAACUAUUGCAUUUGACAUUUGAUUAAACAACAAAAAUUUUUAAAAUUAGCUGAAUACUACUAUCGUUUAUUUUGAAAUAUAGUUAUCUCUGAAAAAAUUCAGAAUGUCAAAGCUGGUUUAGGUAGUUAAUUCUUUAUCAACAGAUUGAACAGCUAGAUUCUACCAUUGCACUUUAUUACCAGCCAUUCUAUUUGACAUGUUAAGUUCAUUCCAUAAGUAUCUUUGUUUACUUUGAUUGAUGGUAAUUUUAGCUGUUUUUCUUUUUUCUUUUUUGAUUUAAAAAUGUUUUUCACUCCUCUGUGGUUUCUGUUUCAAUGCUGCAUAAAUUGCCCGAACUGUCUCUAUUUAUUGCCAUCACUGUAUCUGACAUUUGAGGAGGAUGAAUUCAGUGAAAGUAAAUGAUAGUUGUCAAUAUUGACAGCUAGGGGAGUACAGAAGGAGUACUUGCCAAUCUGAUGAGGCCUCUCAAGAAUGAGGGGCCUCAUCAGGUUGGCUUUGAGAUGGGCAAGAAAGCUAAGGCGAGCUGGCAGAAACGUUAGCAUGCCGGGCGAAAUGCUUAGUGGUAUUUCGUCUGCCGCUACGUUCUGAGUUCAAAUUCCACCGAGGUCGACUUUGCCUUUCAUCCUUUCAGGGUCGAUAAAUUAAGUACCAGUUACGCACUGGGGUCGAUGUAAUCGACCUAAUUCGUUUGUUUGUCCUUGUUUGUCCCCUCUGUGUUUAGCCCCUUGUGGACAAUAAAGACUUAAGAAAGCUAAGGUGAUGAGAGAGGUAGUAAUAGCAUUGGGGAGAGGUCAGACAGGUCCUGUGACGUCCUUAGUAACACUGGAAGCAAUGUUCAGUGUACAGAAGAGAUUCACUGCCAUCCUUGGUCAUACCAACAGCAUGGCAGAGUGAGAGUGAAAAGAAGACAGUGAUUGAGAGAUGAGUGAUAAAGGCACUGAUAAUAGAGAUAUGGGUGUCAGAGGCAUGGUUGAUAGUGGUACAAAUGAUAAGAGGGAUGAGAAAGUAUUAAAGAGGCUGAAUAUAUAUCUAUAACACAUAUUGCACGCACAUGCUUCUCUUUGCAUUUGUUCUCCUGUCUUGUAAUAUCUCAUUAGUUCACCAAACAACUUCCAGUCAGUUAGAAACCAGCAUGUACAUUAAGUUUACAAGGCAUUUUUGCUAGGAUUGCACUGUCCAGUUUUUUCUUUUUUUCUUCAUCUUUUCAACUGGAUCCAAAAUAUUAAAACAACUAUUUUCUCUUGUAUGAACAUCAAACUAAUACUUUUUGAUUGUGAAUUUAUCUUGGCUUGUUUUUGUCCUUUUUUACCUUUGCUCUGUGUGUGUGUGUGUGUCCUUGUCUCAAUUAUUGUGUGAUAAUUGUAAGUAGGUUUAGUUAUAAUAAAAAUGGUGAUGUUUCCUUGCAAUAUUCUGAGUAAACUUGUCCAGACUUGGUGGGAAAUAUUACUUCACUUGGAAACGCUUAAAGGUCGGCAAUAGGAAGAGCAUUCAACCACAGAAAAUUCUGCUUCACCAAAUCUCAUCUAACCCAUGCAAGUACAGAGAAGUAAGCAGUAAAACAGAGAUGAUAAGUGUUUUAUAUA